CCACACCAAACCUUCUCUGGUCCCUGACCUCAGUGAGAUUGCAGCGGGUCUUGGGAACCUGGGGGAGACAUGAAGAAAGAGACAGGGGGACCCCCUGGCUGCAGCAGACUGACAGAAUAGGCAACCAUGGCUGGAGAGUUGGAUAGCAGAGUAAUAUUUGACCUCUGGAAACACCAAAUUUCUUUUUUCAGUCACUUACAGGACCGCCUGUCAAAAUUCACUAGGUAGGAGGGUCAUCAUCUGGGAAGAACCAGCGCCUGGGGGGACCUGGCUGGAUAGGUAUGGGAAAUCAAGGCCAGUCCCCUAGUCCCCGGUCCCCCCAUGGCAGUCCCCCAACUCUAAGCACUCUCACUCUCCUGCUGCUCCUCUGUGGACAUGCUCAUUCUCAGUGCAAGAUCCUCCGCUGCAAUGCUGAAUAUGUAUCGUCCACCCUGAGCCUUAGAAGUGGGGGUUCACCAGGAGCCCUUCGAGGAGGAGGCCGGGGUGGAGGGGUGGGCUCCGGCGGCUUCUGUCGAGCCCUCCGCUCCUACGCUCUCUGCACUCGGCGCACUGCCCGCACCUGCCGUGGGGACCUUGCCUUCCAUUCGGCGGUACACGGAAUAGAAGACCUAAUGAUCCAGCACAACUGCUCCCGCCAGGGCCCUACGGCUCCUCCUCCACCCCGGGGCCCCGCUCUUCCAGGCGCUGGUCCUGGCCCCCCAACCCCAGACCCCUGUGACUAUGAAGGCCGGUAUUCACGGCUGCACGGUCGUCCACCGGGAUUCUUGCAUUGUGCCUCCUUUGGAGACCCCCACGUGCGCAGCUUCCACCACCACUUUCACACGUGCCGUGUCCAAGGAGCUUGGCCCUUGCUGGAUAAUGACUUCCUUUUUGUUCAGGCCACCAGCUCCCCUGUGGCAUCGGGGGCCAACGCUACCACCACCCGGAAGCUCACCAUCAUAUUUAAGAACAUGCAGGAAUGCAUUGAUCAGAAAGUCUACCAGGCUGAGGUGGACAAUCUUCCUGCAGCCUUUGAAGACGGUUCUAUCAAUGGAGGUGACCGACCUGGGGGCUCAAGUUUGUCCAUUCAAACUGCUAACCCUGGGAGCCAUGUGGAGAUUCAAGCUGCCUAUAUUGGCACAACAAUAAUCAUCCGGCAGACAGCUGGGCAACUCUCCUUCUCCAUCAAGGUAGCAGAAGAUGUGGCCCGGGCCUUCUCAGCUGAGCAGGACCUGCAACUCUGUGUUGGAGGGUGCCCUCCAAGUCAGCGACUUUCCCGCUCAGAGCGCAACCGUCGGGGAGCAAUAACUGUAGAUACUGCCAGACAGCUAUGCAAGGAAGGCCUUCCAGUUGAAGAUGCUUACUUCCAAUCUUGUGUCUUUGAUGUUUCAAUUUCUGGUGACCCCAACUUUACAGUGACAGCUCAGGCAGCUCUGGAGGAUGCCCGAGCCUUCCUGCCAGACCUAGAGAAGCUGCAUCUUUUCCCCUCAGAUGCCGGGGUUCCUCUCUCCCCAGCAACCUUCCUAACCCUGUUUCUUUCAGGACUCUUUGUUCUGUGGUUUUGCUUUCAGUAAGUAGGCCAGCAAUCCCAUGACUAGUUUAGAAAUUAUUUGGGGAUAAAGUUGUCAUGGAAGAACACAAAAAACUGCUAAAGGAAACAGUAGGGAUUAGAAGAUACAUGAAACAAAGACAUUUAUCCAGUCAGAUGAAGCUGCAGUCCAGGGUUGACAUGAUCACAGAAUAAGGAUUCUUGGCAAGGUUGUUGCAUUCCAGAUCUCUGUAGGGGCUCUUCACCAUUUUUCCCAGUCCCACUUAAGAGUAAGCAGGUUAUUCCAAUCCAUCCACUCAUGAGAUCACUUCUCCUACAAGCUUAGACAUCCUAAAGGCCAGUAAGGAAUUUAAGGGUAGAGAUUUCUAAGAGGCAAGAACGGAAAGAGAAAGACAUGACCAUUACACAUAAGAAAUUCAAGAGAAAAUAUCUGAGGAAAUAAAUCUAUUUGAUGAAUACAUGUGGGUAAGGUAUGUUCUGCUUUCUUGGUUCAGAAAUGAAGUGGGCAUUGUCUGGAUCUUAGGUGAAAAAGUUGCCUUUUAAAGAAUAGCACAGCUAGGAUAGAUGCCAUCAUCCCCACUUCCAUUAAUCUAUUAUUAAAGCUAUAAAUUUUCCACAUUGUCCUCUUUUGCCUAUGUUGAACCUCUCUACAGAUUUCAUGAAAUGGAAUAAAGAAAACAUAUUCACUCCACUGAA